GCUUCCUCUUCACCGCCAGACUUAAGCCGAGGGCCUUCCACUCACUAUCUCCCAGCUCAUUUUAGGCCGAACGGAGCAGUCCACACUGUGCAAGCGCCAAGGUGAUAUGUCAGCUUCCUGUGUCCUCCUGCACACUGGGCAGAAGAUGCCCUUGAUUGGUCUAGGCACCUGGAAGAGUGAGCCUGGCCAGGUAAAAGCAGCCAUUAACUAUGCCUUAAGUGUAGGCUACCGCCACAUUGACUGUGCUACUGUCUACGGCAAUGAGAGUGAGAUUGGGGAGGCCCUGAAGGAGACUGUGGGACCAGGCAAGCCAGUCUCUCGGGAGGAGCUGUUUGUGACAUCUAAGCUGUGGAACACCAAGCACCACCCUGAGGAUGUGGAGGGUGCCCUUCGGAAGACACUGGCUGACCUCCAGCUGGAGUAUCUGGACCUGUAUCUGAUUCACUGGCCUUAUGCCUUUGAGCGAGGAGACAACCUCUUCCCCAAGAAUGAUGAUGGGACGAUGCGCUAUGACUCCAUCCACUACAAGGAGACCUGGAAGGCACUGGAGGCACUGGUGGCAAAGGGGCUGGUGCGAGCACUGGGCCUGUCAAAUUUCAGCAGUCGGCAGAUAGAUGAUGUACUUAGUGUGGCUUCUGUACGCCCUGCUGUGUUACAGGUGGAAUGCCACCCAUACCUGGCUCAGAAUGAGCUUAUUGCCCACUGCCAAGCACGCGGCCUGGAGGUGACUGCUUAUAGCCCUUUGGGUUCCUCUGAUCGGGCUUGGCGACAUCCUGAUGAGCCUGUCUUGCUUGAGGAUCCGGUAGUCCUGGCACUGGCUGAAAAGUAUGGCAGAUCUCCAGCUCAGAUCUUGCUCAGGUGGCAGGUCCAGCGGAAAGUGAUUUGCAUCCCUAAAAGUAUCACUCCUUCUCGUAUCCUUCAGAAUAUCCAGGUGUUUGACUUCACCUUUAGCCCAGAAGAUAUGAAGCAGCUAGAUGCCCUGAACAAAAAUUGGCGAUAUAUUGUGCCCAUGAUUACGGUGGAUGGGAAGAGGGUUCCAAGAGAUGCAGGACACUGUCUGUAUCCCUUUAAUGACCCUUACUGAGCUUGGCUUACCUCCCAGUUUUCCAGCUAAGUAACUGCCUGCCACUCCCAGAAAAAGGGAGUCAAUAAAGCCAUUGGAACA